AUGUCUUCACCUGAAAAACAAGUUGAAAACGAUGAAAAUAUUCCAAGUCAACUAACGGAAUCUAAAACCCCUCAACAAGCUCGACAGGGUAAAAGAGUUCCCAUUGAGAGUCCAUAUUCAUGGGCUACACCAUCACACAGGAAACCAUUAAAACAGUCACGUCAGCCUGUAUUUGUCGCAGAUGUUAAUCUAGAGCAAACUUUCGUUGAGCAAGAUACUAUUAUGAUGUUUCAAAGAAAUGCAACUUUCAAUGAAUCUAGUGACUACGGAAAUGUUUCUCAAACUGAGCCUGCCAAUGAUUCUAAUGAGAAACCUUUUCUUUUUUCUUUGAAUCGGGAAGAUGAAUCUCAAUCUUCAUACACAGAACCUUCUGAAUUCGAUGCUAUACCUGAAGAAACUGAUUCUUCUGAAUCAGAUGGUUUCAAAAGAAAAUCUUUGGCCCAUGAGACUAAGUCUGUGACAGCCGAAGGAGGAGAUAUGGUUGAAAACACUGAAGAUCCUCACGAUGUUCAACCUUCAACACCCUCAGAUCUGAAAACUGAUCAAUUAAUAAUUACCAAUUCUUGUGAAUUGGAAAAGGAUGUAUACACUUCACUAGAAAUUUCUGGCGAGCUUCAGGGUAACAGCUUAGCUGCCGAGCUGGACGCUGUUGCUAUUUCUGAACCCGUCGUGAGUGUAUCAGUUGAUUGUAUCGAAGCUAAGCUGACAAAUGAUGAUGAAUCAGAGGAGGCUGAAAACAACUGUGCGAAGGAGACUACUGAGCAUAUUCUUGAAGAAGCUGGCGGUUCUUGCCAUGCUGAAGAUUGUGACGUUGGGCACAAUGCUCUUGCCGAAGUUGCAGAGAGUAAUGACUGCAAUGAUGUUAAAGGAGCUGAUGAAACUGUCGAAGAAGAAUAUUCGAGCUCACACUGCUCAAGUGAUGCGGUAAAGACUGUAACAGAUUGUUUGGAAUCUAUUCCAUUAUGUGAAAAUGUUUCGAUUCCUAUAACAAACAGCGACAAUGAGGCUUCACAGUUGACUGAAGAAAUGGAGAGUACCAGUAGGGAAUACUGUUCGGUUACUCAACCAGAUGCUGCAUUUUCUGUUGUUGCUGAAGGCGUACCAGAAUUUGGAGAAUCCUUAGCUGCCGAGAUUAAUGAUGUUGAGCUACAGUGCGAGGUUGAAUCUGAAAGCUCUUCAGUAGAUCAGGCAGAGUUAGCAUCUUCUGAAAGUGCUACUAGCUUACAAGUUGAAAUUGACAACACUGAUAGGGAACUUGAUAUUGACAUGGGUGAAGAAAAACCUUCAAGUUUGCAAUCUGAAAUAGAAUCUUCCGAUUCGGCAGCAAACUUAUCAUCUGAAGAAAUGGACGAGCCAACCAACGUUCCUGCAGAAUCAAACCAAACUGCCGAAGAAACAUUUGCAACGAAUGUAACAGCUGAUUACGCGGAAUCAACGUCUAACACUGAUCGUCAAGUAUGUUGGGAAACCUUCAAUGUGUCUACGUCUAACACUGUUCAGACUGUGCAGAAUCAGAAUCGUAAAUCGUUUGCUGAUAUUUCGGUCAUAAAGCCUGACAAUGAUGUUAAUGAAUCGGUAGGGUCAGAAGAUCGUGAUCAGUUCGAUGAGAAUCGAGUUCUGCAAGCGUACACAACUCCUGUCAAAGGUCAGUUCUCGGAUUCGAUGGUUGAGUUUGUAAUGUUAGAAAACAACUUUUCUUUGGAAACUGAGCAAGAAUUGAAGAGCCAAUUGUCAAAAAUGAAAGCGUCUAUGAAAGAAUUGAACGAGCAAGUUGAAUCGCUCACGAGUGAGAACCACGAUCUGAAGAAUAAACUUAACCUGGAAGCAUUAACUGGUGAUGUAAAUAAUCAAACUUGUGAACUAACACAAACUAACGUUCCUCUUCUUGAAAAGAUUUCUGAAUUGGAAAGUGUAAUCCAGUGCUUGAGACAGGAACACAAUCAUGAGAUAUGUUUUGACUUUUCAAUAAUUAACUUUUUCUAUCUUCAAGUGGAGAAUGUAACAUCUAAACUGAUUAAUACUACCAAGGAACUAGACUCACUACGAUUCGAUAACAGAAGAAAUGACAGCAGUAUUGAAUUGGAAAGAGCUGCUGAUCUAGAACGCAUGUUAGAUGAGAUGAGGACGAAAAAUGAAGAAUUGCAAAAACUUGAUUCUGCGAAAAAUCUGUUGAUGAUCGAUUUGGAGAACUCUCUUGCAGAAAGCAAGAGUGAGUUAGUUCUCAUGAAAGAACGUUUGGACUCUGACACAGGAUUUUUAACGGACACUUUACAACAGAAAAAACAGCAAAUUUCUUCACUCCAGAAGGAAAUUGAAGAUUGUCGUUCCAAGGUUUCUGAAUCAGAAACUGUCUUCGACGAACUCAGUUGUAUUUUGAGCGGAAAUGUGGAUUCUGAAGACCACUCAGAGGAAAAAUCUUUCGAACUGAAAUGCCAGCUUCUAAAGUCUCAAGUUCUACUCUUACAGGAAACAUCACUAGAGUUAAAGAAAACAGGCAAUGAAAACGCCGAGCGUGUAUCGGAAACCCAGAGUAAUGUAGAAGUUCUGAAGAAUGAACUAGAAUCUGUCAAAGCGUUACUGACCACAACUCAAGAAAAGUUCGAAGAAGAGAAGAGAACUUACGUGGAAUGUAAUAACACCAGUCAGAAACAAAUAGAAGAGUUGACCUCAAAUAUUGAAUCGUUAAAAACAUCUGUUGAUGAUUUGUUAGCAUUGAAGUCUGAAUUGGAACUGAAAUUGGUCAAUUUGGAGCAAGAAUUAUCAGAAGCUCGGCUGAUCAGCACUCAACAUCAGGAAGAAUUGUCAAAAACUGUAAAGCAAUGCGACGAUUUGAGAGCAGAAGUCGAAACCAAGAGUCAUGAAGUAGUGGAGUUGCUAGCUAAGGAUAGUUCUUCAACAGGACUUGUCGAAGAUCUAAGAUCGGAACUUAGAGCAAAGGAAGCUGACUAUUCCGAAAAAAUCGAGCUACUAAACAGUGAAUGUGUUCUAAAAGAGAACGCCUCUACAGAAGAGAUCUCUAGAUUGAAGUCUGAGCUUGAGUCUAAAGAGUCUUUAUCUGUCGAGGUUGAGCAGCUGAAAAUGGAAUUAGAGACUAAAAGCAGAAAGUUGGAAGAGCAAACGGAAUCUCUGAAAAGUGCAGAAUCAUUGAGGAUAGAGGUUGAAAACAUCAAGUUGGUUGCCUCAUCUCUAGAGGAGGAGAAAAUGACCAUGAAGUCUCAAAUAGAUUUAUUGGAAGGUGAUCUUGCUCGAGAUAAUCAGGAAAUAGCUGAGCUGAGAAACAACAACGUGCGAAUCACUGAAGAAUUGGAUGACUUGAAAGAGAAGAAUCAGAAAUCAGCAUCUGUUUUGAAACUCAAAGAGCAAGAGCUAGCUGAAACAGUUCCCAAACUGAGAAAAGAACUGACUGAUUUGACUGUAAUAGUAGUUGAACUGGAAACGAAACUGGUUGAGUCUAUGGCUAAGAGUACCUCCCUUGAAGACGAAGUCAUCAAGAUAAAAGAAGAUUCGGUCAAGCAAGAAGCUGAACUCGAAGAGAAGCUGUUGGAAUCGAGAAGAAAAGUCUCUGAGUUGGAAUGUGAGCUCAACAAAGCUAAUGUGAUGAUAUCUGAAAUGACUGAUAAAGCAACACUCGAAAGAAAGGCUAACGAAGACAUUCAGUCCGGAUUCGAGUCUCUAAAAACAGAAUUAGAAGAAAAAUUGGAAAUCAUCAGCCAAAAUCAAAAAGAAAUUGAUAGGCUCGGCUCUGUUGAACAGGAAGCAAAGAAACAACUACAAGAAAGUAAUGAACGAUUUACUGAGAUUGAGGAGUUCUACGAGAGAGCUAGAAACGAAAUUACACAACUCAAAACAGACUUGGUGGAUGAAACGAAGAAGUCUGUCAGUAUUGCUCAGGAGUUUGAAAAAUUCCGUCUGAACUUUGAAGAGCUGAAAGAGGAUCUUCGUAUGAAAGAAGAAAAGCUGAAAGAAUUAGAAACUAACAAAAACGAGGAAACUGGAAUGAGAACUGAGCUCGAUAGUGUCAGAGCCCAACUCACGACUGCUCAAAACACAAUUGCACAGUUUGAAGCUAUCGUUCAAAAAGGAGAGCUAGAGUUCAAUAAGUUAUUGCAAGAGAAAUCUUCUCUUGAAGCAACUGUUGUUUCGCUAAAAGCGGAAAACCUGCUCCAAUCAGAGAGCAUCAGCCAGCUCCAAGAAGAGACUUCACGUCUUCUAUCUGCAGUCAAUGAUAAUUCAAAACUCGAAGAAAAAAAUAAAAUCAUCGCUUCAUUAUCUACGGAGAAGAUCCAGUUGGAAGAAAAGAUUGAAUCAAUCACCAAAGAACUAGAGAAAAUAGAGAAUAAUCUGACCUCACUUACGGUUGAUUUCACAAAUGAGAAAAGCAAAGCUGAAAGUUUGAUGGAGGAGGUAAACGAGUUAAGAAGUGAAAAAGCUUCUCUUCAAAGAGCUCACCAACCCGCUACUUUGACUGUUGAUAUCAAUACAUUGACGGUAGAACUGCAAGAGACCAAACGAAGAGUGGCUGAGUUAGAAGAGAAGUCUUCUAGUCAGGAUAAUGAGGUCGAAAGGUUAUACAAGAUGUGCGAUGAGUUUGACGACAUUGAAUCAGAGUUAAAGCAGACGAUCGCUGAGCAAGAUGAAGAAAUCCUCGCUCUCAAAAAGAAGUGUGGAGAUUCACCACCAGAUCAAUCUGGUGGUCUUUUGGAUGUUCUGAAGAAAGGUGUUAAGCCACUCACUCCUAAUACAUCGGCAAGCCAACCAGUGGCAAACAUUGCUACGCCUGAUGACGAAGAUGAUGAUAUGGAAGAAGGCGAAGGUUUUUCUUCAGCCCCAUCAUCUCCAACAAAGAAAGGCACUGACAACAAUAUCACGAUGAGCACAACGAUGAGCUCUACUAUGUACAAACGGAUUCAUAACGACCAAACAAUAAAGAGUCCUGCCAAGGAUGUUAAUUCUAGCCGCUGUGCACAACAAUAA